UGACAGCUGACUUGAGUUGAGGAAACUCCCCAGGAACCUGUUUAUCCGCUUCCUGGCCAGGCUGGGGCUCCUACUGGAAGGACCCGGGACUUGGGCUGGACAUGGCCUCGGCCCUGAGCCCACCCCGGGGCCCCAAGCCCAAAGGUGUGCCACCUUCGCACUACUAUGAGAGCUUCCUGGAGAAAAAGGGACCCUGUGACCAGGAUUACAGGAAGUUCUGGGCAGGCCUCCAGGGUCUAGCCAUCUGCUUCUACAACAGCAAUCGGGACUUUCAGGCCCUGGAGAAGCUGGACCUGAGGCUGUUUUCAAAGCUCGAAAAUGAGGCUUGGCGGGAAAGCUCAAAAGACACCAGCCAUCACUUCAGCCUGGUUCUCCGGGACCAGGAGGUCAAGUUCAAGGUCGAAAGCCUGGAGUAUUGCGAGAUGUGGAAAGGAUUUAUCUUGACUGUGGUGGAGCUCCGUGUGCCAUCUAACCUGACCCUGCUGCCGGGGCACCUAUACAUGAUGGCCGAGGUUCUGGCCAAAGAGGAGGCGCGGCGGGCCGCCGAGGUGCCCUGGUGCUUCCUGCAGGUGAGCCGGCUGGAGGCGCAGCUGCUCCUGGAGCGCUACCCCGAGUGCGGGAAUCUGCUGUUGCGGCCUGGAGGGGACGGCAAAGAUAGUGUUUCUGUCACUACUCGACAGAUACUCAACGGGGCGCCAGUGGUCAAGCACUACAAGGUGAAGCGGGAGGGUACUAAGUAUGUGAUCGAUGUGGAAGACCCGUUUUCCUGCCCCUCGCUGGAAGCUGUGGUCAACUAUUUCGUCAUGCAAACCAAGAGGGCGCUGGUCCCCUUCCUGAUGGAGGAGGACUAUGAGAAGGUUCUAGGCUUUGUGGACUCAGAUCGGGAGAAUGGUGAGAGUGUAUGGGCUGUGUCUUCCUCCCGGGGCUCAGGCCCUGUCCCCCAUGCUAAUGUCCCAAAGCCACUCCUACCUGUGCCUGUGUCCAGCCAGGAGGACAGGCUGCCUCCACUACCUCCCGUGCCUCAGCUACUGGACCAGGAUGAGAACUAUGUGACCCCCAUUGAGGACUCCCUAGCAGCUGAGUACAUGAAUCAUGAUGUGUCUCCCUCCAGUCAGCCAGUCCCCUCGAAGCCCAAGAAGCCGGCGAAGCUCCCAGCAAAACCCCCAAAGCCACCAGUGAUGCCCAAACCGGGUAGGGCUCCGACCUCCCCACUUGCCCUCUCGGUGGCAGGUGGCUUUAGACCUCAUCUGCGUCCUUCUGCAGAUCUCAAAGCCAUCACCAGCGUAUGGGCCAGGAAGCCAGGUGGCUGCUCACCACAGGCUCCCUCCCUCGUCGUGACAAGGCUGAGGGAUAUCACGGCUGAGCUGGAAGAGAAACUGCAGAAGAGGAGAGCACUGGAACACUGAUCCAAGCUCCAGGGACCAGUGGGCUAUCUCGGGGCACAGUAGUCCUCCACCGGCUCUGUCCUGAGGGGACUGGACAUACCCAGCAUGGAGGAAUGCCUGUCCUCCAAACAGUGAAGCAGGGACGACCCCUGGGAGAUCGGAGGCUAGCCUGAGCUGCACAGUGAUGUCCGUGGCAGCCUGGGCUACAGAGUGAGACCUUGUUUAAUAAAGUAAAAAAAACAACAAA